CAAAUGGGUUGGCCCAAAUCUAUGACCCAAAUCCACCUUGGGCCUUGAAUCACGCGCCGCCCACGUGCGAUCUCGUCUUCUCUCUCAGAAGUCAGAACUCUGAUUGUCGUGAAAAAUCAAAAACUCACUUGAAGUCGCAUUCUUCAGUUAGGAAACAAAAUGAAUAUUGUAGUUUCUCUCCUUUUCUCCUUUUUUCUUCGCCACGCCGUCGCCAGAGGCGGCCAACGCUGCACUUCUCUCACUUCAGCUUCAGUUAUGCCGGUUCUGCAAGGCAUUUAUUUGUGGAAAACCAGUCUCACGCAAGAAUCGAUGUUGCUCGUGGCUACAUGACUAAUUCGGAACUGGAAAAGGCGGUGAAGGAAUUUGGGCAAAGAUGUAGUCACAUUUCUACAAUAUAUAGUAUUGGAAAGAGUGUGAAUGGUUUUCCACUGUGGGUGAUAGAGAUUUCUGACAAACCAGGCAAGGAAGAACCUGAACCUGCAUUCAAGUUUGUUGGUAAUGUGCAUGGUGAUGAACCUGUUGGUCGAGAGCUUCUCCUAAUUCUUGCGAAUUGGAUAUGUGACAACUAUAUGAGGGAUCCAUUGGUUAAAUUGAUUGUUGAAAAUGUUCAUCUUCACAUACUUCCGUCAAUGAAUCCUGAUGGGUUUUCUCUUAGGAGGCGUGGUAAUGCAAAUGGUAUUGAUUUAAAUCGAGAUUUUCCAGAUCAGUUCCUUCCUUGGAAUGAUGAUGAGGAUGCACGGCAACCUGAAACAAAAGCAAUUAUGGGUUGGUUGAGAGAGAUACAUUUUACAGCAUCCGCAAGUUUGCAUGGGGGUGCACUUGUUGCAAAUUAUCCAUGGGAUGGAACGCAGGAUAAAAGGAGGAAUUAUUAUGCAUGUCCCGAUGACGGAACAUUCCGGUUCCUGGCAAGUGUAUAUAGCCAAUCUCACUAUAACAUGUCUUUGAGCAAGGAAUUUGAAGGAGGCAUUACGAAUGGAGCAUUCUGGUAUCCCAUAUAUGGUGGCAUGCAAGAUUGGAACUACAUAUAUGGUGGUUGUUUUGAGUUGACCUUGGAGAUUAGUGAUAACAAAUGGCCUAAUGCUGAGGAGCUUCCUACCAUUUGGGAGUACAACAAAAUGAGCGUGCUAAAUCUUGUUGCGAGCCUUGUGAAGAAAGGAGUUCACGGAAGGGUCUUUUCUUCAGAUAGUGGAAGGCCAUUGCCUGGGUUGAUCACAGUCAAGGGAAUAAAUUACACGGUUAAAGCUGGCAGUGUAUUUUCUGAUUAUCAUCGCUUACUUGUUCCAGGAGAGAGAUAUGAAGUUAUGGCUGCUGUGCCUGGGUAUAAAUCAAAGGCCACAAAUAUCUGGUUGGAAGAAGAAGCAAUGACUGUAGACUUUAUUCUUGAUCCGGAAAUCACUUCUGAGGGGACUCUACUACGAAGUAUGUGUGAUUGCAAUUGUGGCAGCAAGAGCAGGCUCUUUUGGGAAGAGUAUUUUUUGGGAGUUCACUUUGAAGUUUAUUUAGUCUUGAUUGUUUUCCUAGCAUUCCUAUGCUUUUUGCUAAGGAGGCGAAUAAAAUUCAACCUUUUAAAACACGGACAGUCACCUAAAAGAUUAGUGUCGAUAUGACCUUUCUUUGUAACACUUGUAACUCAUGUGGAUUAUGAUUGAUAAAGGAAAUAGAAUAUCUUUUUGCUCAAA